AUGCCUUAUAUCGGAUCGUGCUUUCUUGGAUCUGUGCGGUUCAAGGUUGACAUUACUCAAGAGAAGCAAGUAACUUCGGUUUCAGCUCACUCUACCAAUGUCCUCCCCAAAAUCUCAGAAGUCGAGCUUACUGGGGACGUUCGAGAGUACAGCUCCAGAACAGCUAGUGGAAACACGGCAACCAGACUCUUCUUUGGUACUUCUGGCUCCGCUCUUGCUCACAAUUCCAACGCUUUUGGUGACGCCAUGACAGCUCGUGGGUAUCUUAAAACCGGAAACCUCCCUGAUUUCCGAACGAUGCCUUUCGCCGCUGAGCUGUUGGUCAAAGAUAGAUGGACAGGUCUUCCCCCUAUUCCUGAGGGCGACCAAGCUUAA